UUCUCUUUCUUCCUCAAAUCUCAAACCAAAACAAACAAAAACAAAAACAAAAACAAAAACGCAUUCAUUCUUAAACACAAACAAACACACUCUCAUACAAACCACUCUCUCUUUCUCACUUUCUCUUCUUCAAUCUCUCUCUCUCUCUUGGAUUGAUCAAUUCAAAUGUAGAAGCAGAAGCAGAAGCAGAAGCAGAAGAAGCAGUAGAAGAAGAAUUCAAUUUCCAGAUUCUACCAACCAAACAAGACCCGACCCCAAAUGGAUUCGAUUUCCAGCUCUACUUCACAGUUAACCACCGGCAUCUCCAGGCUCAGAUCCUCCUCCAUCAGGAAGCUUCCGGAGCCCCUUCGUCGCGCCGUCGCCGACUGCCUCUCCUCCCCCCUCACCUCCGCCACCGAACCUUCCAGAACUCUUCGGGACUAUCUGAAAGGCCCUGCAACUAAAGACAUGGCUUAUAGUGCAAUUCUGGAACAUACUCUUGCUGAGAGGGAGCGCAGUCCUGCAGUAGUCACAAGGUGUGUGGCACUAUUGAAGCGGUAUCUCCUAAGAUACAAACCGAGUGAAGAGACGUUACUUCAAAUAGAUCGUUUUUGUUCAACCAUAAUUGCUGAGUGUUUUAUUCACCCAAAUCAACCAUGGUCCCGAUCAUUGAAUCGUCAAUCUGGUGCAUCAGCCUCAUCCACAAAUACAUCUCCUUUACCUGUAUCUAGUGUUGCUUCCGAGGCACUUGUGAAGUCUCUGAGUUAUGUGCGUUCACUAGUGGCUCAACACACUCCCAAACGGCUUUUUCAAUUAGCUUCAUUUGCUGGACCGCCUUCUUCGUCCGGGCAAUCACUGCCAACAUUGUCAUCUUUGCUGAGUAAAUCCUUCAACACCCAACUAAGUCCUUCAAAUGUUCCAGAAGCACCAACUCUUGCUGGUGUUCCAGAGUCGUUAGAGAAGGAUUCAAUUGCUCCAUCUGUGUCAAAGAUGUCGAAAAUAGAAAAGGUUGAUGAAAAAGACGAACUAAGAUUCAUUGCCCAGGAUGUUCUGAAAUGGCGCUGGCUUGAGGAACCACAAUCACCAUCAAUUGGGACUGAAAGUGAUCGUGCUGUGCAUUCCCAAUUCAUGACAGCACAUAAUUUCUUAGAAGUAGGUGCCGCAGCUUUACUUGUCGGAGACAUGGAAUCCAAGAUGAAGGGGCAACCAUGGAAAUUUUUUGGAACUGAUGAUAUGCCUUACCUGGAUCAGUUGUUACAAUCUUCUCCUGUAACACCAAUUACUAAUUCUGCAUCUGCUCGUCCCCACCUCAGAGCAAUAACAGCAUCUAAACGCACAAAAGCAAGCUCUCAUCAGAUUUGGGAGGAUUUUCCUGUGACUACAUUCCGUCCCCGAGCUCGACAGCUUUUCCAGUAUCGUCAUUACAGUGAGCAACAACCUCUACGGCUGAACCCUGCUGAAGUACAUGAAGUUAUUGCUGCAGUUUGCUCAGAGGCUUCUUCGCCGAACAACAAUGUCAUGACAGUGACAAGUAGUCUAAGCAAUAACAGUAGAAAACCAUCAACAGAUGUGGCUGUUAGUGUGCUCAUUAAACUAGUUAUUGACAUGUAUGUUUUAGAUUCUCGGACAGCUGCUCCUCUCAUUCUUUCUAUGCUUGAGGAGAUACUCAGUUCUUCUAAAACAGGUUGCAGGAUUCGUGCUUUUGAUUUGAUUCUAAACCUUGGGGUUCAUGCUCAUCUUCUGGAACCGAUGAUUGAUGAUGGUGCUUCCACUAUUGAAGAAGAAUAUUCUCAAGAAUCGUAUUAUGACAGCACCACUCAAGCUCAAGUUAUGGUACAGGAAAGCAUAAAAGAAAAUUCUCAGAACAAAUCAGACACCGUCUCUGCUAUUAAGAAUUUUGAGUCUUGGAUUUUAAAUAUUCUGCAUGAGAUACUACUUCUUCUUGUUCAGACUGAAGAAAAGGAUGAAUCUGUCUGGGCAUCUGCACUCAGCUGUUUGCUUUAUUUUGUCUGCGAUAGAGGGAAGAUCUGGAGAAAUCGUUUACUAGGUCUUGACAUAAGGGUUCUGAAGGCACUUAUAAGAAUCAGCAGGGAGAAUUCUUGGGCAGAAUUAGUUCAUUGUAAGCUUGUUUCCAUGUUAAUCAACAUGUUGUAUGAAGUUCCUGAUGAAGUUACUGAGCCUGCACCUAGAAAACCAAAGUUUCUCGUGGAUCAACUUGAUCUGAUUGGAGGAGUUCAAUUUAUUUUUCUCGAGUACUCCCUGGCAAACUCAAGAGAAGAGAGGAAAAACCUGUAUUCAGUGCUUUUUGAUUACAUUCUGCAUCAAAUAAAUGAAACAUGUAUAGCUAGAGGAGACAACGAAUAUAGUGAUGAUGAAAUCCAACCUCUUGCUGCUCUGCUUGCUCAAACAAAUGCACCUGAAGCAUUUUAUAUUUCUAUCAAACUUGGGGUAGAAGGCAUUGGGGAGAUUUUGAGAAGAUCAAUUGCGUCUGCCCUCUCCAGAUAUCCCAACAGUGAACGACUGAAUACGCUAUUGGAAAUUCUGACAGAGAAAUUUGACACUGUCAUAAGUUCUUUCACUCAUUUGGACAAAGAGUUCUCUCAUAUGAUUCAGAUAACCAAAUCUCAUAAGUUUCUGGAAAAUAUGGAAGGUGUGGCUCUUAGAAAUGACAUCGGUUUGCAGGCAAAGCACUCAUGGGCUACUUUACAUUCCCUUAUUCAUUCGGAAAUAAUUUCUUACCGUCAAAAUGGGUAUAUCUGGUUAGGGGAUCUGCUUAUUGCUGAAAUCAGUAGGGAAAGAGUAGGAGAUAUUUGGUCGAAUAUCAGAUACUUCCACCAGAAAAUUGCUCAAGCUGGAACUCAAGAUUCUUUGGAUACAUCAGAUGUUCCUUUGUCCAUCUUACUUAUGUGCGGCCUUUUAAAGUCAAAAUACAACAGAAUUAGAUGGGGAUUUUUGUUUGUUCUUGAAAGACUACUUAUGAGAUGCAAAUUUUUGUUAGAUGAGCAAGAAAUGCUGAUAUCAAACAGCAGGGAUCUGGAUCAUGAGAAGAAAGAUUGGCAUCUUGAGAAAGCCAAUGCAGUGAUUGACAUUAUGAGCAGUGGUUUGUCUUUGGUGUUUCAGAUAAAUGAAACAGACCGCAUCAAUAUUCUGAAAAUGUGUGACAUACUGUUCUCUCAAUUGUGCCUAAGAGUUCCUUCUUCUACAACUGUGCCCUAUGGAGAUGAUCUGCAACAUAGCAGAAAUUUAAAUCAGACUAGUGUAAGCAAAAAUUAUGACAGUGAUAAUCAUGUUGAACAAGAUAGCUUUUACUGGGAUGAACACAAGAAGGAAGAAGCUAAUAAAAAAUCUGGCUACCCUAAUAACUACCAUCUUGAUCAUGAGAGUGCAUCAAUGACAGCUCUUCUCCAAGGACGAGCCAUUGUCCCAAUGCAAUUGAUUGCACGUGUUCCUGCUGCCUUACUAUAUUGGCCACUAAUUCAAUUGGCAGGAGCAGCAGCAGAUGAUAUCGCAUUAGGUGUCGCGGUUGGAAGUAAAGGUAGAGGAAACCUUCCUGGUGCUACAUCGGAUAUUCGGGCCGUACUUCUCCUGCUUCUUAUUGGUAAAUGCUCAGCAGAUCCUAUUGCUUUCCAGGAAGUUGGCCAGGAACAAUUUUUUAGGGAACUUUUGGAUGACACAGAUUCAAGAGUGGCCUAUUAUUCUUCUGCGUUUCUUCUGAAGCGAAUGAUGACGGAGAAGCCAGAGAAAUAUCAACACAUGCUUCAGAAUCUUGUUGUUAAAGCUCAACAGAGUAACAAUGAAAAACUGUUAGAAAAUCCAUACCUUCAAAUGCGUGGCAUACUUCAACUGGCUAGUGAUCUUGGGAUUGACUUGUGAUCUUCAUUGGCUUGACUUUCUGGGGGUUUCAUUGUUUGGAGUAGGAGAUCUGUGUCAGGUUGAGGUACAGUCACUAUGAUUUCUAAGAAAAGACUUCCAUCGCUCAAUCAACUUAGGUUGAAAUACAUAUAUCCAAGACAUGUUUCCCUCCAGAAACAAAAUUGUGAUUGACUUUAAACGCGCAGAGGAAAGUAUAUUUGUGGCCAAAGAGAGCAGUGGAAUUGGAUGAGCUCGUGACAUUGACUGAUUAUGUGAGAAGUGAUUAGCAGAACUAGAAAACAUACUGCAUGCCCUCUAUUCAUGUUGAUAUUUUCAGUGAUAUUCUCAUUGGGAGAAGCAUGUAAUUUCUGCCAUGAUGCCUUCAUCUCCUGCUUGUAUUUUCAACAAAUGAGAGAAGCCAGAGUUCUGUUUAGAAAUAAUUUUGAAUGUCCCUGAUUUGGAUCAAGCUACUGAAUGUUGCUGAUCUAGGCCUACCUUCAGUUGCUGGCUGGUGUGCAUUAUAUUCAAAGGAAAAUGUGUGCAGAACUUCAUCAGAUUGUUCCUUUUGUACAGGAGUUAGAUUCCAACCUGGCCUUCUUCAGCUUUUUUUUUCCUACGUCUGUGAAGGCUGCCUCUAUGCUUUGCUAUUUUUUACUUGGCUUAGAGGACCUUUGAUGGGGAAAGAAAGAAGUCAGUUUUGUACCUUAAUAUAUAAUCAUAGGUCCAAAGAAAUCCUUUGAUAGAAGCAUCAUGGGAUGUCUACUUUUAGAGGCGUCCAAGUUGCUAUCUUGUGAUGUAAAUAUGUGAUUUUAGUGCUUAUUUUUCUCUUUAUGAUCCACCCCUUUCUUGCGAAAAUUGUAACAUGUAUUGAGGAAUUUCUAUGUAGAUGAUCUAUACAGGAUUUUAUAAUCGGAAUGGUUAUGUGUAGGAAA